UUUUCCAUUAAAAUUCUGUGUAUUCUUCACGCCCUUUCUCUCUGAUAGAGUGCGAACUUGACCUGGAAAUGGAUUUGAAUGCUGCCCUCUCCACUCCCCGCUUCUGAGAUUUUCGCUAUUCCCUCUCUUUUCUCCAUUUCAAUUCAUCUUCAAGCUCCCCCAAUUUCUUCUUCCAUUGCUUGAAUCGCUAGAUCUUGUUUCGGAUCCGUGGAUCUCUGCUCCGGCAUUAUCUUUUCCGCCUUCCGCCUCUCCAGAUCCUUUCGCCUGCUUCGCGCCUCGAAUCCAAGGGUAUACGGUCUUGUUUUUUCAUGAAGUUCUGAUCCUUUGCACGGUUCUCGAGUUUACACCAAAUGAUGGAAUCAGAAAUCCUUGUACCUGCUGAGGGACUCAAACUGACCCUUCAAAAUGGGUUUCAUGAGCAUGUGUCUGACUCUUCAGAGGAUAUUGUUCCUAAAGUUAUUGUGAGCGAGGGCAUUAACGAAGAUGCAGGGGCUACAAUGGAGCAAGAAAAUAUGGAAAAUUCUCUCAAGUUGAGUGGUAGCGCAACUAAUGAAUCGACUACUAGGGAACUCAUGGAGGGAUCAAAUUUUCCGGCAGAAAAUAAUAUAUCAACCCUUUCUAAGGAAGGAGAAGAAAAUUAUGUUGAUCCUCCCAAGCAAGUAAAAUCAGAGAAGGGUCAAACCAAGAGCAAGAAUGAAAAGUCAUCAGGCCCUAAACACAUUUCUUCGACUGGGGUGAAUAAGAAUAAAGAUGGAAAAGAUGCAGAACAGACUGCUGCUCUUUUAAAUGGUUCAGGUACAUCACAUCCACACUCGAAACAGCCUAGCAAGAGUAGAUCAUUCAAUGACAGGCAAGCUCAAAUUCCAAAGCAGCAGCAGCAGCAGCCUGAGAAGUCUGAUGGGGAAGGCUCCAAGGAGAAUACGAACCUGAAACCUUUGAAGAAAGGUCAUCCUAGUAAAUCAGAAGGAGAAUCAGAAUCUUCUUUAAGUCCAAGAGCAGGGGAAGAAAAACCACAUAGGGUUGGGAGACUUCCUAACUAUGGUUUUAGUUUUAGAUGCAAUGAGCGUGCUGAGAAAAGAAAAGAGUUCUAUUCCAAACUUGAGGAAAAGAUACAUGCUAAGGAAGUAGAAAAGAGCACUUUGCAGGCUAAGUCCAAGGAAACUCAAGAGGCUGAGAUUAAAAUGCUCAGAAAAAGUUUGAACUUUAAAGCAACUCCCAUGCCGAGCUUUUAUCAGGAACCACCUCCUCCCAAAGCAGAAUUGAAAAAGAUACCACCUACAAGAGCCAAAUCUCCCAAGCUUGGCCGAAAGAAGGGCUCAGCCACCCUGGCAGACUCUUCAAGUAAUGAUGGUGGCGAUGUUCGAUCAGGUCGCUUAAGUCUUGACGAGAAGGCAUCCCUGAAUAACAAUUCCUCCAAGGGGGUUUCUCCUGCCCGUCCAGAGAAGCCAAAACGCAGGUCUCUUCCUAGACUGCCUUCUGAGAAAACUAUGAUAGCAUCUGGUGCUGUGGCAAGUGCAGGAAAAUCCUCUGCAUCCAAGGUGAAAAGUGCGGAGAAGACUGCAUCUACAAAUGGAAAGAAAGAGGAAAAACAGGCACCGUCUGAUGCAACCACGGAAAAGACUGCAUGCUCAAGAUCGGUAGACGAAGAGAAAAUUGCUUCGUUGGAUGCAACAAAUGAGGCAUUGGCCUCUCUUAGCCAGGAAGAGGAUGGAGUUGAGACAGCUGAGGCAAGCGAAACCGAGAACCAGUCGGACGAAGAGGCAGUGAUCGAAGAAGAACAUGAUGAGCAGCAGCAGCACAAGACCUUGGUGGAAGAAGGUGUAGAAAUGGAGCAGUCAUCAAGCAGCAGAAUCUAAAGGAAGGGGGGAAGGGAAGGCAGCGCAUACACCAUUUUGGAAAUACGAAAAUGGUAAGAGAUUUCUUUCUGGAAUUAUUUUGGGAUUAAGAAAGAACUGAAGGGAUUUGGCUUGUGAUUGUAUUAUUAUUGUGUCAUGUCCUGUCCUGUUCUGUCCAUAGCAGCAAAUUAGUCUUCACUUCACUUCUCUUCACUUGUGUGCUUCGCUUCGCGUCGAUUCGCAUUCGCUUGGGUUGCUGGUGGUUGCUUCUUUUCAAGCUCUGCACUUAGCCAUUGUAUGUAACUUCUCUCGUCAAUUUCCUUUUUGAUCUAAUUUAUGUUUCUGCCCUCUUUUUCAUUAUAUUUAUUCCCAACUUUGAGAUUGAGAUUCACAAAAAAAAAAAAAAACCUUGGGAUAAUCAACACCCUACAAAAAUGAUUGUCAUAUGUUCUUUCUUUCUUUGCUUCAACUUUGUGCUUCUAAUGCCAUAAUUUCUGUAUCAAAAUCUCUUACUUGUUCUCUCC